AUGACGCAGCCUGUUGCCUUCAUCAUCGGCGGUGGUCCGCGUAUUGGGCACGCCGUCGCCGGUGCGCUCGUCAAGCAAGGCUACCGCGUCGCCCUCGGCCGGCGCAACAUCGCCGCAUCAGCUGGUCUGGCGGGCGUGACGCCUGUGGCCGUCGACGUGUCCAGCCCGCCGUCCGUUGAGACUGCGUUCUCCGAGGUUGAGGCCAAGCUAGGCGUCCCACGUGUUGUAGUAUACAACGCGGCGGCCCUCACAUUUCCGCCCGAGCAGGGCGACCCAUUCAGCGUGCAACCCGACGCCUUCGCGCGCGACACGGCCGUCAACGUGACGAGCGCGUACGCGGCGCUGUUCCACGCCACGCGCGCGUGGAAGAAGCAGCGCGAAGCCGGCGUCAGUGGUGCGGGGGGCGUCUUCAUCGCGACGGGCAACGUCACGCCGUUCUACCCCAACCCGUUUGCGACGACGCUGGGUGCGGGCAAGGCGGCGCUCGUGCACCUCGUCCAGCUUGCGGCUCAAGAGUACAAGGAUGCGGGCGACCGGUUCUACUUUGCGUCGCAGGUGACGGAGGAGGGUAAUCCUGUUCGAUACGAGGGCGUCGAGGCGGAGGCACAUGGGCAGGUGUACGCCGAGCUCAUCAAGGGCGAGGUCGGCAAGGGGGAUUGGGAUGUGAGAUUUGCGGUCGGCAAGGAUGGCAGUGUUUCGUACCAGAAGAGCUGA